AUGAGAUUAAGCACAUUCGGAACACCUGAACACAGAGAUAUUGAAUGCACACUCACACACUUGAACAUUUGGGAUGCAAAAGGAGUGCCGCAUACGCUGCGGCUCUUCACAUAUGACACUCUCACAGCAAAUCUCACUCAAGGUGCAAUGGAUAAAGAAGACACAAAAUACAUCCGUCGCAAAGGCCUCCAUGUCUGUUCACCAUCUAAAAAUACCAAGGCGCAACCAAAAAUUCUUAUUGGUUGCGACCAAUUGUGGAACUUCAUUGAAUUUGAAGCCCCACAUUUCAAUCUACCUUCAGGAAUACUUCUCGUCCCUACCAAAUUUGGCUACAUGAUAACAGGACAAAAAAUUGAUCCCAACAACACCAUUCCAUAUCGGCUUCCAGUUCUCAUAAACAUGCCCAAAGUAGAAAACAACAUGGACCACUGGGAGCAGCACUGGGACUCUGAAACCAACAACGCUGGGAAAGAAUAUACCGGUCCCGAAAAAGAAGAAAAAGCAAGGAUCAAUAAUGAAGUACUGGAGGAAUUCAACAAAUCGAUCCAGCGAAAAGACGACGGCUAUUACGUCAAAAUUCCAUUCAAGAAAACAUACGAAGAUUUGCCAGAUAACCGCAUGUUAGCAUGGAAGCGACUGAAAAGCAUCUUACAAAAGUACAGUGAUCAGUCGGAUGUUCUUCAACAGUACGACGCUGUCUUCAAAGAACAACUCAAGAAAGGCAUCCUCGAAGAGGUUGACGAAGGCAAAGACUCAUCCGCCGCUAAAAAACAUUAUUUACCCCACCAGCCCGUAAUAACUCCAAACAAAGAAACCACCAAAUUCCGCAUAGUCUUCGAUGCGUCAGCGCACUAUAAAGGAUGUCCAUCACUCAACGACGUAGUACACCAAGGACCAACUAUACUACCCAAAUUGUACGGCAUACUAUUACAAUUCCCCACGGCAAAGUAUGUACUAAUAUCAGAUGUAGAAAAAGCAUUUCUCCAAGUGCGCAUAGAAGAGAGUGAUCGAGAUUUAACUAGGUGA